AUGUGGAUUUAUUGGAUUUUCUUCUUGCAGGGUGGCCACUUUGAUCUCGCGGAUAGAAUGUUCCAUAGUAUCGGUGAUGCUUGGAUCAGCGCAAGCCGCAACAACAUGGCUGAUGUGAAAGAGCUGAUACCAGAAUUUUUUGUGUUACCAGAAUUGUUGCUGAACAAGAACAAGUUUGAUUUUGGUGUCAAACAGAACGGAGUUGUGUUGGAUGAUGUGGUUCUUCCUCCUUGGGCCCAUGGCGAUGCAAGGGAAUUCGUUCGGCUUCACCGUCAAGCUUUGGAAUGCGAUUACGUGUCUUCCCACCUCCAUGAAUGGAUUGAUUUGGUUUUCGGGUAUAAACAGAAUGGCGAUGAAGCCGUUAAGGCUAACAACCUCUUCCAUCAUCUGUUCUACGAAGGCAGUGUAGAUUUUGAAUCGAUUAUCGAUCCUUUGACGCGAAACGCUACCAUAGGUACGUUCUUGGUUGGUUAA